CUCACACAUCUACCACAAAUGCAGGAAACAGGAAAUGUACAUGUUCUGUAAAGCUGAGAAAGAAUGACAGCAGUCUCAUACCUGCUCACAGAGAAGCUAACAUGCAGGAACGCAACUUCGUGUUGUCUUUGUUACUGUUGCUCAGUGAAAGACUUGCCUACUAUGGCUUUGCUGUUGAACUGGCAGAACCAGAAUCUUCAGGUAUGCCACCAACAGCUGUUCAAGUAACACUGGGACACUCUACAAUUGUGUUGUUGACAAAUGAUGACCCGCACCUGCAGACUACCACCUCACUAACAGAAACUGGAACUUUUGCCACCACAAAAAUAGAGGACACGAGUGAUCAUUGGCUUGAAGGUCUGCAUCCUGCUGUGAUCUUUGGAGUCCCUGCAGCCCUAGUGUUAGUCCUGCUGGUUCUACUAAUCUUUUUCAUUGUAAGACAUCGCAAACAGAAACAACACAAACAAGAAGAAUCAGGAAGUGAAAACUGUAAAAGUCCUAUUUUUGAAGAAGAUACUCCCUCUGUAGUGGAAAUAGAGAUGGAAGAACUCGAUAAAUGGAUGAACAGCUUGAAACGAAAUGCUGAAUGUGAAUACCUACCUCCUGUGAAAGAAGAAAAGGACCUGAAUGCCAACUCCAGUGACUGUGAAUCAUGAAGCUGGCACUACAUGAUCUAAAAGAAGAGACACAAGAGAUUCUUGAGAUCCUCGAUGGUCAGGAUAUGAAUCUCAGUUUUCACCAGUGACCGAAAUGAACACAAUUGGCUGUUCCUGUUGGUAUUGUUCAUCAUAAUGACAGCAUCAGUUCUGCAGAACGAAGGCCCUGAAGCUAAGUUUUACUGCUGUGCAAUUCAGAAGGCACAUGUAGAAAACAACCCCCCUUUUGACAUUUCUCAGAGCAAUUGACUUUCUCCCUUGAAUAUGGGUGGUCUAUUUGUAAAAAUGCUCAUUAUACAAAUGUUCCCUUGAUUUUGAAAUCCUUUGCUCUUCAUUGAAUGAAUCACAGUAUUUAAGUACUAUCAAUAUAACAUUCUUAAUCUUCCUUUUGGUAAUGAUGGUAAUAUCUCAUAUAGGACUUGUACUGAUAAAUAAAUUAAAAAUCUUGGGACAAAUCUGA